AUGGAGGAAGCAAACAGCAAGGAGAAAUGCGAGGUGGAAAGUCUCCUUUUGGAGAUCGGCGAAGAGUUGGGCCGGUCAGAGGUCCAGAUGCAGCCUUUCGUUGACAAGCUGGUACGGGACAACUGGCUCGAAACAGCAGAGAGUCUGCGAAGCCUAUCCGCGGCGCAGUGGACGCAGCUGCAGCUGCCGUUGCGCCUCGAGGAGCUCUUGAAGCGGAGAAUCCGGUCGGCGGAGGAGGGCCCCUCGAUCGCAUCUUCUUCUCCCUCUCCUUCUCCCUCUGCUCCUCCGUCUGCCUCGCCGUCGUUUUCUGCUGCGUCUGCCGCCCCAACGCCGGUCUCGGUUGUCGCGCGCGCGCCCGCGGCGGAGGUCAAGAGCGGAGCGGAGGCAGCGAAAGAUCCAAACGUUUUUGAGGAAGCAGACUUUGCAGUCGUCUACGCUGCCGUCACUGACGAGACGCUUUUUCCCUUCUCACUCACUGAGGCAAUCGAAAGAUUGCAACUCGAGGUCCCCCGGGAGGCGCUCGCGGGCGUCCUCCGCACGCUGUUCACGGUGAUUGACGGCGUGCUGGCGCAGCCCUCGAACCCGAAGAAGCGACGCUUGCGCAAGGCGAACGCAACAUUCCACAAUCAAGUUGGCCGGCACCGCGCGGCAGUGCAGGUGAUGGAGGCUGCUGGCUUCUGCGAAGGCAAGAUGCGCGACCCAGCCUCUGGCGCCCUCGAGGACUUCUACGUGAUGGACACUGCCUACGUGAUGAGACUCACGGACGCGCAUCACUUGCUCUCGCAACUCGCGCCUCAUGCGGGCGUCGAGGCGCCGCCCCUGCCCUCAGCGGGCUUCAAUCCCUACAGCUCCUCCAUCGUCUCAGCUUCCGGCACCUCGUAUAGGCAAAUCGCGGGCAAACACGCAGAUCAGCGGCUGGUUGAGAGCUCCAAACUGAAGGAAAAGAUUAAAGAGCGCGAGCAACUCCUUCAGACAGGAGGAGGCGAGGAAGUGCCUUUGGCGCCGGCCGUCUACGCGCUGGAGGAGCUCCGCGCGCGCGAGAGAGCGGAGAAGGCCGAACUGCUUCGCGCGAAUGCAACGCGAUUCGAAGAGGAGCUCGCGGCCGCCAACGCCGACAAGCCAAGCCUCACAGCCGCAGACAUUGCGCGAAUCAAAGAGAUCAUGGGAGAUGGACCGUCGUUCAAGUCGCGCAUGCGUCAGCAGCUGGAGCAGCUCGAGAAGCGAAAGGUGUUUAAGAGCUGCACGGUGCGUGUGCUUCUUCCUGACCGCGUUAUUCUCCAGCUGAAAUUCGCGCCGCACCAGACACUCAAGCUCGUGCGGCACCACAUCCAGCAGUUCCUUCAUCCGCAGCUGCGGUCCGCCGAGACGCCGUUCGGCCGCUGGUUCCUGUGCGAGACUCCUCCGCUGCGCAAAGUCGACCUGAAGAAGACGCUCUACGAGGAAGGUUUCGUGCCCAACUGCACGCUUCACCUCAAGUUUCCAGACGAGUGUCCGCCCUUCCCGCUUCCCUGCCUCGACCCUGAGGCGCUCGCGCAGCACAACCUCCGCGCGCCUUCUUUCUCCCUGGCGAGCUCCUGCGCGGCCUUCUUCGCCUCCGCUGCGUCCUCCGGCUCUGCGUCAUCUUCUUCUGCCGCGUCGCCCUCCUCUCCAUCGGCUGCGGGCGCUCGCGCGACGCGGCUCGAGGGCGCUGGGGCGGCGACGAGUGCGCGGGCGCCGAGGAGUCCGCUGGCGGCCGGGUCGGCUGCGAGGAGUCAGGAGCCGGUGUACGUACUUCCUGCGCAAGACGGGCAGCUGCAGCCCAGGCGCUUGUCUUCCGCCUCUUCAACCUCUUCGGCCUCUUCCUCGCAGGCACCCCCGUCGUCGCCCUCCAGCUCAGGCGACGCUCAGAGACCGCGGGGACUGGAGGUAGACGCGCUGACCAAGAAGACCUCAAUCGUGCGGAAUAUCUUCAGAAAGAAGUGA